AUGAAGGAAGAAAACCCCCCAGUCAACUCGCCCGACGACUCGGUCAUCGGCGACGAAAAUUCGCAGACCGCAUCCAAGACCGUGAACCCGUCCGCCAAGGACCGCAAAUGCCAGUACUGCGGACAGGCAUUCACAUCCUCGUCACUCGGACGACACCUCGAUCAGUUCCUCUUCAAAAAGAAGCCCGACGGGAUCCACGAUGUCGAGGAGAUUCGGCGCAUCCGGAGCGGCAUCACUCGUCGGCAAGCCCGUACCUCCUCAGGGAAGCACGACAGCCCCGAUCGCGCAACGAAGAAGGCUUCCUCCGACCUAUACGCAAUGGGAGAGUCCGGGUCGAAAGCACGCGAUACCCCCGUGCGCAUGAUGUUCAACACGCCGACGUGGCAUGCUACCGGCGUCAUCAACGAUAUCCCAAACCCGAGUCGGGGGCCUGAGGGACUGCGUCUCGCCCCGUCGCAGUCGCGGACGGGGUCUAUGCAGUUGCCGGAUUAUGCCAGUCGGGGCGCUAGUGCCAAAGAUCCGGAUACAAUGAGGGCACUGGAGCUGGCACUGCGGGAAGUGUUGGACAACAUUAAGGCGGCAACAUCUCGCCUCCGGCCUCGUACAUCUCCCUUCGAGUUCGACAUCCAAGCCCAGACCUUUCCCUCCCUCUGUCUCCACCUCCUGCCCCCACCACCGAGCCUGUUCGCGUCACAUCCCUUUUCCUCGCCCUCAUCUUUCCCUCUUGAACAACCGGGCGCCGAGCACCUCGAAGUCGUCCGCCAAGCGCUCCGCUCUCAGAUCUCUCAAUGGCUAAGCGACCAGCUGGCAGGAGAUGCCGCCUCUACGCCCCAUGCACGGGCCCCGAAUAAUAGUGGCACCGAGACAAACUUGCUCUACCGCAGCGCCCAACAACACGAAGAAAUGAGUUUCCGACAGCUCGACCUCGCCUUCAACCACUGGACCUCCUUAUCUCAUGACACCCGCCGCGACGCAUGGCAACUAGAAAUGACACGCGCGUUCGCUCGCGAAGCCGAGAAACGCAAAUCCCUCGACGAGCAGCUCGCACGCGUCCAGCAGGAAGCAAAUCAGCUUCGAGCGCAGGUGGAGCGCCUUGGAUCCUGCCAGUGGCCCCGAGAGUUUGCGCUUUUCCCUCCAGACACUCUCCCCUUGCCCCGGGACGUCGCCCGGGAACUGGACGUGAAGGAAAGCCAAAUGAUGAGCGCGGACGCGGCGCGGUGGGACUAUGACAGCGUCGUUACAAAAUGGAAGCGCGUCGUCAUGCACGACAAGAGUAUGGGCCGGAUCGGCGUGGGAUACGCAAAUACUGCAUAUGAACAAGACCCAAACCAUACCACCACCACCACCCAGCCGCCUUCCUACCACCACAAUGCAUCCCGACAAACGCCCGAUGUGCGCCCCCCACGUCCUGGCGAAGAUACCUCAUCUCACCCAAACCGCCUUCGUCCCAUACAAUCCUCCGCCGCCGCAACCAUGAGCCCCGACCCAGCUGCGGCAUCUACACCAACCUCAUCAACGCACUACGCCUCGCCAUACUCUCACACUGAUCCCCGCAGCCCCCCAGCAGGCAGUGCCGGCGGAGGCCCGCCACAGGCGAAGCGUCCACGGCUGAUGAAUGGGAAUGAUGGUCCCCAGGCCCCAGAGUCGAGUGUGGAAGGCGUGGGCGGGUUACCUGCUCCUUCGACGAGGACGGAUAGGCCUCCCGGUCUGUGGAGCUCUUCGACUCCGCUUUUGUCGAACAUUGCUGCGCCGUCGCCGACUCCGCCGUCACGCCCGUAG